AUGCUAUCAAGACUGAUUCAUAAUGAGAGGACUGCGAGGAAUGCGAAGCCCUAUUGUCAGUGCUGGAACCAGAACAGGCCUAGACUGUGGGAGAGCAGUGGAGGCUGUGCGUGUGGAGAGCAUGCUGACAUUAGUGAAUGGAGAUGGGAGAUGCCAGAGAGUACAGGCACCAGUUGGGUGAUGAUGUGUCCGGAUCAGAAGCAGGUGACCUUCCAUCCGUUCUACAGUUCCGGCACCGCUGCAGUCAAGGGUGAUACUCCGCUAGUCCGAGAUUACCACUACUAUUGGGAAAUCAAGAUGUUAACAGAGCCUUAUGGAACUGAUAUUAUGGUAGGCCUAGGUACAAACAAAGUCAACAUGGCGGAUUCUCUAUUCACAUUCACAUCGUUUCUGGGCCGGAACGGGGAGUCCUACGGGCUGUCGUACACCGGUGCCCUACGACACAACGCCUCUGUCACCAGGGAUAACGUAGGCUUCUGCAAAGGCAGCAUCAUAGGCGUCAAAGUGGACCUCUGGCAGGGGACUCUGGAGUUUUAUAUUAAUAGAAAGUCCCAAGGUAUAUCAUUCUACAACCUCCGUCGGCAUCAGGCUCUAUACCCCAUGAUUUGCUCUACGGCGGCGCAGUCCUCAAUGCGGCUGAUUUACGCGGCGUCCUGGCAGGCCUCCCUGCUGGUGGACGCUGCCAAAAUCCUGGCCGCAUCAGUCAACGGAGAGAAGUCGCUGUUCCUACCUCCAGGGCUGAAGCAUACGUUAAAGUCACAGUUCUGGUUGACACUGCCUAAUCAUAAAUGUAUCCUAGACGUAGACGAGGAAACACCUGAAUUGAGUCCAUCAUCCCCAAGCAAGCCUGACUCGAGUAUGCUAAGCGAGAUUUUCCCGAGUCCUUUCAUGAAUGGCUACUACGUGGACAAUGUUGAACGAGACUACAGAAUAGUCGUGUGGGAAUAA